GGCGCGGACGGUUUUGGGGGGGGGGAGGCGGAGCGGGGACUGGGCAAAGGCGCUGUUGGGGGGCAUUGUGGCACGUUUCUUACUCCGUGGUCUGUCUACAAUGAGGCCCAGGAAAGGGAGGGGUGACCAGUCGUUUGUCCCUGUCAGUAAGGAGAAAUAGAGGGCAGUGGAGCUGCAAUUUUGCGGGUUCAAAUGAAUCACGUCGUCACGAAGGGGCAAACGCUGUCGAACUCCAAUGUGAAUUUCCUCAUGAUGCAGUGCGAAUUGUGUGGCCAGGGGUUUCAGGGCAGUCAAACGAAGGCAGCUGUACACUUCACCAUCAAGAACAAUUGCCCCAAAGUCUUUAUGGAGCAGCUGGCGGAGAUAUGGAACAAGACGAACUACACCUUCGAUCAGAGCCAUUGCCGGACGAUCCUCGACUUCGUGAAGUCUCGUGCGUAUCGAGAGAACAGAUGUACUUCGGGGAGGGAUCAGGCGGGGGAGGACGAGGAUGAGGACAGCGAGGACGAGCUGAGGGCUGCCGAGGGUCAAGAGGAUGAUGACGACAACGAUAUGCCGACCAUGGGCGUGCGAAGAGAGGAGGAGCGUGCCAGGGGCAAGAUGAGGGGGGAGAAGGUCGUCGACGAGGACAACACUCCAGACGAGGACGACAACGAUCAUGACGCGGACAUUGUAGCCUCUCUUGAUGGGGGGUUCAUGGUCGGUGGCCGUCGAGGCCAAGAGGGGGCAUCCAGAGCGAUGAUGGAGGCAAAGGGAUCGAAGAAGCGAAAGAGGAAGGCAAAAAAUAUUGUCACGAGGACUCCACCGGCACCCUCUCUGCCGAAGAAGAGAAAAAUCCUUCGACAGACUUCCAUGGUUGAGGCCUUCAAUCCGGUCUGGCAACGCGAUUUUUCAAACUACUUCCUGAAGUGGUACUACGUGAGCGGCAUUCCAUUCGAGGCGGCGAGCAGGCCAGAGUACCACAGAAUGAGGAAGCACUUGCUUGAGUGCAAGCCGUAUACGCAUCCUGCGUUGCCCACGCACUGUGUGAUUUUGGGCGACGACAUCCGUGAGCAGCAGCAAGUUAUGACGGACUUGGUGGCCGCCAUCCACAAGGACAUUGGGGCGACGGUGGCGACUAUCCUUACGGAUGGUCGCAAGUCCAUCACCAGUGACCAUAUAGUUAAAUUUCUUGUUGCUGGACCCACAGGAGCGUACCUUUUCAGGACUAUGCAGCGGGAUGGUGCUGUUUAGGAAACAACUGAGGCCGUGGUGGAGCGAUGGAAGGUCGUGUUCGACAAGUUCGGUGUCGAAAAUGUCAACGUCAUUUGCACAGACUC